AUGGCGUCUCACGACCGGCCCGUGGAGCUUUCGAAGCCGAGUCCGCUGCACGACGCUCGCGAUCCGGAAGAGGACUGGACGGGCGUGAAGGAUCCAGUCAAGAGGAGAAAGUUGCAGAACCGUCUCCAUCAGCGAGCUUGGCGGCGCCGCAAGGCUGAAGAGCGCAGGCAGAGUCGGGUAACGAAGGCGGCCUCGGAGGCGAGCAUCGCGGAGGAAGAAAAGGCCGCGCAGGAGAGGGCGAUGAUCCAGCAUCGCCGGCAGAGCCGCGACGAGCUGCACCUGACGCCGAUGAGCAUGCUCGCCUCCGUGAUCAAGUUCAACGUCUACCUCGCGUUCCAGAGCAACAGCGACGCGCUGGGGUUUGGCGAGACGUGGGAAGAGAUCGACGCGGUGUCGCCCUUCUUCACCAGCCCGGCCGACGACCCUCGCUUGGCGCCGGAGAACUACCCGAGCCCGCUGCGGCCCACGCAGCUGCAGCGGACCGUGAAGCACCAUGCCUGGAUUGACCUGCUGCCCGCGCCGGCGAUGAGGGACAGCAUCCUGCGCCGCGGCGCCGACUUCGACGACGAGCCGCUGCGCUUCGACAUCCUCGACGACACCGAAGACGGCCGGUAUGGCCUGCUCGUCUGGGGCCAGUCCUGGGAGCCGGCCUGCUGGGAGGUCUCUGAGGGCUUCGCCCGCAAGUGGUUCUGGGUCGUGCAAUCGUGCCACGAGCUGCUCAGGGCGACGAACGCGUGGCGAGCUCGACGGGGCGAGCCAGAGCUUUUUCCAGACUCGGUUUGCAACCCGCCGGACGACACGAGCAGGGUGAACGAUUCAGCCUCCUGA